AUGCAAAUGCUUCUCGCACUUGUGGUUCUGCUUUUUGGCACAUGCUACUCGCAAAAAGUCAUCUUGAUCUCCCUUGACGGCUUCCGUCACGAUUACAUCGAAUACGCCCUUAAAAAUGGCAGGAAUGUUUCCGCUUUCCAAAGAAUCGCCAGUGAGGGCUUUCGUGGCAUGAAAGUUCAGAGCGUGAUGGUCACACUCACAUUCCCAUCACACUUUACUCUCGCUACUGGACGCAAUGUCGAACGCCAUGGCCUCGUGGGCAAUACAUUCUACGACCCAGAUUUUGAUGAAGGCUACAAAUACACUGACGCGAAAAUAAACCUUCAGCCCAAAUGGUUCACCAUGAACAACAACGAGCAGAUAUGGCUUACUAAUCAGAGAAAUGGUGGGAAGAGUGGCGUCGUCUAUUGGCCAGGCAGUGAUUCGCGCAUGUACGGCGAGAUGGAGUAUGUCAAUUUCGGUCUCUACAGCAGUCUGCCAAGCAUCAGAUAUCGGGUGGAUCGAGUCAUGGAUUGGAUCACUAAGCCCGACGUGAACUUCGUUGCCAUGUAUUACAACGAACCGGACUCAAGCGGCCACAAGUAUGGCCCCGAUUCAAAGGAGGUUCUUGAGGCAGUGGAAGAGGUGAACGACGGUAUUGCUUACCUGCUGCAAAGAAUCGAGGAGUCGAAUGACUUCGAUGAACCACCAAACAUCAUAGUGACAAGUGAUCAUGGCAUGACAAGAGUCAACCACACCAAAAUUGUCAAUGUGAGUAGUGUCCUGUCUCCGAGUCAGUAUCGAUUUGGCGUGGACGGUUCGCCUGCCACACUGGGUAUAUGGCAGACACCGGGUGGUUUAUCAUUGGAUGAAAUAUAUGCCAAACUUAAGAAGCUAAAUAAUUGCGACGUGUACUGGAAGAAGGACAUACCUGCCGAAUACCACUUUAAGGACAAUAAGAGAAUUGCUCCGAUUGUUGUCUUCCCACAUAUCGGUUGGAUGGUUCAAACCAAUGCUUCUGAUCCAUACAAGGAUACCCUCAAUGGUAUGCACGGUUACAACAACUCCGAACCUGACAUGCAUCCCUUCAUUGUCGCCAUGGGACCGGGCAUUCGAAAUCUGGGCACUGUACCGGUGUUCUACCAGGUCGAUGUCUACGCUCUCGUCUGCCUCCUGCUGAAGAUUUACAAGCCGAACGUAGUUGACAGUGAUGUGUACCGUGUUGCGCCAUUCGUCAAAUACCUGCCUUCGAUGGAUGUGCUGAGACAGUUUGACCGAUACGCCAAGGGCUUGGAUCCACUUUCUGGUGGUUCCAUGAUGCUUGCAGGUGGGAAGUAG